AUGACACGAGAACAAUUCAUUUUAGCAACCCAACAGAACCACCUGCCAAGAACUGAAAAUGCACAACUGUACCCAGUGGGAAUUUAUGGCUGGCGAAAGAGGUGCUUAUACUUCUUUGUCCUUCUGCUGUUGGUUACCAUGAUAGUUAACUUAGCCAUGACAAUAUGGAUAUUGAAAGUUAUGAAUUUCACUGUGGAUGGUAUGGGAAAUCUGAGAGUCACCAAGAAGGGAAUCCGACUUGAAGGUAUAUCUGAGUUUCUACUUCCAUUGUAUGUGAAAGAAAUUCAUUCCCGAAAGGACAGCCCACUGAUCUUACAGUCUGACCGGAAUGUAACAGUGAAUGCAAGAAACCACAUGGGGCAGCUCACAGGACAGCUGACAGUGGGAGCUGACACGGUGGAAGCCCAGUGUAAAAGGUUUGAAGUGAGAGCAAGUGAAGAUGGCAGAGUGCUGUUUUCUGCAGAUGAAGACGCAAUUACCAUUGGGGCAGAAAAGCUGAAAGUCACAGGCACCGAGGGAGCCGUAUUCGGGCACUCUGUGGAGACGCCCCACAUCAGAGCGGAGCCAUCCCAAGACCUCAGGCUUGAAUCGCCAACUAGAGCCUUGAUUAUGGAAGCUCCUCGUGGGGUUCAGGUGAGCGCUGCUGCAGGGGACUUCAAGGCUACCUGCCGGAAGGAACUACAUUUACAGUCUACAGAAGGGGAGAUAUUUCUAAAUGCAGAUAAAAUCCGGCUGGGAAAUCUACCAACUGGCUCCUCCUCCUCCUCCUCUUCUUCUUCUUCUUCUUCUUCUUCUUCUUCUUCUUCUUCUUCUUCUUCUUCUUCUUCUUCUUCAUCAUCAUCAUCAAGCUCCUCGAAUUCUCGACAGACAGUGUAUGAACUAUGUGUCUGCCCCAGUGGCAAACUUUACCUUUCUCCAGCAGGAGUGGGUUCCACGUGUCAGUCCAGUAGCACCAUCUGCUUGUGGAGCUGAAGCGACUGAUUUCUCCUCACACCAGAAAAGCCUUUUGUUCCCGUUUGUCUGCUU